AUGGCGGACUCGGCCUUCAAAUCGACCUCCAGGAGGGGGAGCUUCGCAGGGGCCCCCACCGCGGCUCGCUCCGAGGGGCAGCGGCGCCCGCCGGAGAAUCCGACCGAGAAGAUACCCCGCCUCCGCCGCCGCCGGGCAAGUAGUGUGAGCGCGGCGGAGACGAGGAACUCCGGCCCUCGGGAGGCGUCGGUGGCGGAGUUCCUGAACAAGAGGGACAAUCCGCUGUUCUGCUCCACCGCUUCUCCGACUGUCUUGGAGGACGAGAGUGGGGACGACGACGAUGGCGGCGGCAGCUCGAAGUGCAGAAGAGGGAGGUCGUCCUCGAGGAGCUCUGCGUUCAUACGGAAAGAAUGGGGCGGUCGGAGCUUGUCGAGGGUUGACGCCGGCCGGAGGCGGCGCUCGGGUCCUAGAGGACGCUUCGAGGAUUCGGAGGUGAUUUCGUCCUCAUGGUUUACGUGGAUUUUCGUUCGUGGUACUUCUUCUCCGACUAUUUUCUUACCCACAAAUUUUCAGAGCGAACUUGAAGAAGAGGAGGAAGGAUUCAGCUCGGGGAACACGACGCUCGGUGAUCGCGACCUCCAUUGUCGGAGAAGAGCUGGUUCCGUUCAGGAGAGUCAGUUCAAACGAAGGAAGGAUCCGUGGAUAAUGUCCUGCGAGAAUCUGGAAGGAAAGCUGGUGAAUUUAUCUACUACAAGACAUCUGAUUUGUAUGAAAGUUAUACAAAUUUAUUUACUGCUUAAUUUAGGAUAUUAACUUAUUCUCGGCUCUUCAGUCGAAUCUCCAAGUUUCCAACUGGGAUGAUGGGAUCUCGAUCAGUUCCUUCUCGGAGGCAGAGGAGGAGAUCAUCAGGGCCGUGCUUGAGCAGAUGGAGGUGACUACAACCACCCAUCCUCGCAUCUUGGUUCGAAUUAUUGAGAAAAAUGAACUCACCUGAUAAUACUUCGUUCCUUCAGGACGAGCACCCGUCAAACGAUUCUGGCCACGGGAUCCAUGACGGACGGGCCGUCUCAGAGAUCAGAGGUGAUCUCGAGAAUGUAAGCACUUAUCAUUGAGCGCAGCUCUGAUUGCACUUGGUUCAAUGGGAAGCAUGAGUGAUCAUAGGCUGUUCGACCAAUGAUGAUUAGACAGUCCCAACUCUUUCAAGAAUUAUGCCCUUAUAACCUAUUUUUUUCUGUACAAUACCUUCUCUCCAGGCUGCUGUUGCUAGAAGGGAUUCCUCCAUGGCAGCCAGUGGUGUUGAUAGUCUCUCUGAACCAGCAACUUAUGUCAGAAGAGAAUUUGCCCUGGAACUCCAGCAGGUUCGCCAUGUUACUUGAUGGAUCUGCAGAAAUUUUCCUCUUUUGAGCGGUAGACAGAUCGGUCCAUAUGUUGUCGCUGUAAACACAGGCCCAGGAACUGGAUCAGAUUAUAUAUUUAUUUAUUUUUCUCCGAAUUAUUUUUCCCAGAAAUUUAGUGGGUAGAUUACCAUUUCAGGCAAGCGUCGAGUGGCAAAAGAUGUCAAGGCAGCUGACGGAGGAGGCAAUGAGCUAUUUUGAUGAAUGCGUGUCUAUUUCCACCUUCGACGCUUCUGAUUUUUCUUCACCGGAAGAUCAGGUCCUCAGCUCUGUUGAUGAUAACCUCACCAGGGAUGACGACCGCCCCAACCCUAGAAACACUCAGAGAGAUCUUAUUGGUCAUCCUGAGGUAUGGUUUUUUAAUAAUCUUAUGAAUGACUUUGAUAGCUGUAUUUUGAUUUAUUCAGCAUCAAGUUUGCAUAAUUUUUCUGAUUUGGACGUCAAAUGUGGAAUAAAUGCAAUCCUCCUCCUUGUCUCUCUCCCAAAUCUCUCCAAGCUUGGGGUUUUGUGACCAGAACCAGAGAAAAGCCUGGAAAAUGGUCCGGGGGAGAGGAGGGGAGAUGGGCUUCCACAUUGCAAGGAAAAUGGGCUCCAGGCUUCUAAGCAAGACUCUGAGUUUUCAUUUUUUCUGGGCUGGGCCCGUUGACUUCCCUGUUGCAAGAUCCUCUUCUACUCAAUGCAAUCUCUUGACUUCAGCUUAUGACAUUGAUAGAUGUGUGUCAGUAAUUACCUGGGAAAUCCUCAUGCAGGGUGAUCCUUCUCAGAGCAGAGCCUCCCAAUCUUCGUUCUCGAGGAGAUCCACAGGAUCUGGUGGAGCCCACAACCUGAAGUACUACAUCACAAGAUUCCGGAAAGGGUUGCAUUCAGAAGGUGAUGAUCAUUCGAACUCGAGGUCCAGCUUCUGUGGAGACGACUACGACCCGAAUGUGUCACCAGAGAUGUUCCUGUUGGAGAAGGCAGCUCUCAGGAACAGAGUAGAAUCCGGCUGCCUGAUUGUUUGUGAUGUCAGAGUAUUCUGAGCUUUGGGCAUCAUACCUCUUGUACAGAGAGAUGGCUCCAAGUAGAACAGCUGCCUGUGGGGGUCUUCUGAGCCUCGGUACCUGUUAGUGCGGACUGAAGAAGAUGUUUAUGUUAUCAAGCAGCUUCUAUGGCACGAGGGGUCGCCCCCGGAAGAAGAACUCUGUCAUUCGGUCGGCGACCAGAAUGGAAUCCAUUUGCUCUCUUGUGAGAGGAUUGCUCUGUUUAAUGGUUAUGGCAGACGCCUGUGUAGGUGUUGGGAUUUGAAUUGGUCAACUCGUCGGUGGGGGUAGACCUCACAGCAAAGCUGUCAGGUCUCAUAAAAAAAUAAAUUCAGUUCAUCUCUCUAGCAGUGGGUAACAGCGAGACAAAAGGCCAAUGUGGGCUGAAGUUUGUGUCCGUUUCUGGAUAGAGUAAUCAGCCCACCAUACACUAAUUAUUGAAAUUAUCAUAGUGAAUUAUUAAGAUAUUUUUGUGACUAAACCAAUCGUCAAUGUGGUUCAAAGUUUUUUGCUAGUUGAUUGAUAUUGUAAUCAUCCCACUGUAUGCUAAUUAUUGAAAGUAUCAUUGUUAAUUAUUGCUAAUUAUUAGGAUAUUUUUAUAACUAUAUUAGUCAUCAUAAUCAGAGUAAACUAUUAUUUCGAGUUUAGAAAUAGUCUCAUACCUGAAAAGAGUAAGUGAAAAUGUAACACUGAAUAGUUCAAAUAAUUUUAGACCUAAACUUAUAUCAUAGUGAAGGCAUGCAUCUAUUAAAAUCCAGUUCAAAGACAAGUGCCAUGCGAAAAAGAUCAGAUUUAAAUGCAAGGAUUAUUAUGGGUUUAACAAUAGUAAUAAAUAUUUAUCAAGUAUAUUUGAAUCAUUGAUGUGAUAGCUAAUGUUUGGAUUUCUAGCUGUUAAUAGUUGUUGUAAAUGAUCAUUUGAUGCUCCAAAAUCUCAUCUAAAAAAAAAUGCUCAUGCUGGCCCUAAGGUAGGUUAAAGGGGGGGAUCAAUAGAGGGGAGAGUAUGCUCUUUGAAAAUUUAUACACAUUUUUUGGGUUUUUUACAUUUUUUCCUAAUCUCUACUAAUUGAUUAGACACAAUGGGUCAACUAAGUUAAGGUCAAAACAAUAAUGAACAAUCAUAGUCAAAUUCUUUUAUAGAAGUCACACCUUUAUUAGCUUAUGUCCACUUUUGAGUAAUUCAUACCCUAAGUUUCUUAGAUAACAACAAUUAAAAUUCAUGAAAUCAACAAUCUCUAUUAUAUGAUAGAUUUUAUAGUAUUUUCUCAUACUCAUCAUCAAAUCAUUAACUUUUUUUUCUGUUAUCAAUACUCUUGAUUUUUGUGGAUGUACUUAAAAUAAAUCUUGAGUUGAGUGGAUGUAAUUGAACUUUGUGUUCAUUUAAAAGAUUGACAAAGUUUGGACAUAGAUGUAUCUAAACAAAAAAGACAUGAUUUUUCAACACAGUUGAAUCAAAUUUGAUAUAACAUCAACAUGUAUUUGAAAGUUUUUCAAAUCAACCUUUUAUAAAGUACAAAAAAUUGAUAAUGGGAAUUUAAAUGACUAAGAUAUAAUCAACUAAAAAUCUUUCAAGAUGACUACACAACAAUUUGUGUAUUUUUAACUUGUUGGGUUGACUAAGUUUUGAACAUAUUUCUCUACAUAAAUAUCAAUAAAUAAUUAUUUUAUUUAUUUUGAUCAUCUAAUAUGUUAAGAUUUGCUGAAGUUGAACAAAAAUGUUCAAAAUUUAUCUUUCUUGAAAUUUGAUUCACCAUCAAUUACAUACCCUUAGUAUUAUGAAAAGUUAAAAUGUCAUAUUAAAGUAAAAAGAGGUGGAUUAAUAUUGGGUUAUUAUAGAUUAAUUGUCACAUUUACUGAGCCAAGUGACAAUGAAGACUAACAUGAGAAUAAAAUAUCAACCUUUAAAAAUGUAAUUACCUCAUCCAUCAAUUCCUUGAUACUCACCCUCUACUAAGGUAUUAGAAUUGUUGUGUAAUAAAUAUUUGAUAUCAAUUAUAUUAAGAAAUAAAGUUUUAUAUAUAAAAUCUCAUCACUAUCAUGAGGUUGUGUAGGCACACGUCGAUACAAAAUUAAAACUAAGUUUACAUAUGAGUGUGUAUAAUACAAACUAGACUUGCAUAAAUAUUAUAUAUACCUUAGAGUCCAUUGGCACAAAACAAAAUGCUAUGACACAAUAUUGAUAUGAAACAUCACAAUGAGGCAUUAUGCAUAGGUGAAUAGUGCAUACAUUGAGGCAUGAGAUGUAAUAGAUGACAACAACAAAGUUUCGUAAGGUGUGCUUGUUAUUUUUUUUAAUAAAAUUCAUACAAACUAUUGAGAACCUCACUAGUAGGACACACACUAAGAACAACUAAUAUUUUAUCAAAUGAAUGCAUUACUCAAUUAAAGCAUAAUUACACCACAUAUUCUUUUGAGGUUGAACAAAGAGAUAAAAUAAAAAGGCAUCAUAACCUCCUAGGUCUUGUGUGGCUGAUGCAAGAUGAUUAAUCUCUAACUCCUCUCAAAGUUCACUCAGAUUUUUUACUCCUUCUAUUGCAUGACUGUUUGGUUAUUUAUAGAGCCACUCUUAUUCAGCUUUAGACAAAUUAUUCUUAACUAAUAUUAGAUUGAUUGUUAUUAGUCAAUCUAACAUAUAGAUCUAAUAUAACUGUGUUAUUGAUAUGAUCUAUGUUGGUUUAGUCUUGGUAUUAUCUUGAGAUGUUGCAAGAUCUAUUUGCCACCUACAUGACAUGACCUAUGUCCUUGAUGAGAUCCACUUCAAAUAAAUCAUGGUACUUCCCUAACUCCCCUCUUGUCACCCAACCAAUUAGGUUCUAACUCUUUUCCUUCAAGUUGGCUUGGAGUCAAGUCGAGCACCUUCUAUGUGGCCAUUCUUCCACAAAUUAGGAUUCAAUAUAAGUCUUAGUUUAUCACUUCAAAUUCAAAUAUAAGUCGAAGGUUAUAACCAAAGAAUGUGCAUGAUUGCAAGGAUGCCAAUGAUAGGUACAUAGUAUUGAAUAUGAUCUAAAUUUGAAUUCUAUAAGUUUGAAAAAAUAAAUUUUAUAAGACAAAAGACUUGGGCAAGUGUAUAAUCUCUAAAAAAUCAUUACUAUAUCAUAGUAAUUAACUACACAUUAGAAGUAAUUACAUCAUGUGAAAUAUCAUACAAUUCAAUAGUUUUAUGAAUAUUCAUUGUGAGGAACAAACUAAAAUUUAAAUUAUUUAUUUAUUUAUUAAAUGAUAUUUUGAAUGUUGAAGUAUAUUUAA